AUGGCCGACGACGCAAAGACAAAUGCCAGCAAAAUCUUGAUACAUGCCGCACGAUCUGACAACUUGGAUCUCUUCAACUCCAUUGUACAUGCGGAGCCUGCGGUGGAGUACGAUAUCAACUACGCCGAUGGUCUUGGCAACACGGCCUUGCACUAUGCAUGUGACCAUGUCGCUGUCCACGUAGUUGACGCCAUUCUUGAGGAAGAAGUGGAUGUGGAUGCUCAAAAUCGGGUGGACGGAAACGCGCCAUUGCACCUGGCAUGCCAGGUCGAGAACGAAGAGGCCCGCAACUGGCUCAUCAACGAGCUCCUUGAAGCCGGUGCGUCCCCCACGACCAAAAACCACGCUGGGCUCCAGCCCGUUAACCUCAUUGUCGGUGCGAAAGCCGAGUCUGAACUUGGCAAAGAGGCGAUCAAGAUGCUGACUAUGACCCAAGCGGAAGCCGCUCUCGGCGCUGACGAUAUUGCCUAUGAUGACGAUGAUAUUGCCGACGAUGACGGGCCGUCGGAUGUAGAAUCAUAG